AUGGCCUUAAGCAAACCUUCUACUACUUUAGUUGAUACCAAGCAUAAGCUCAAUACCGCUGUCGGCACUCGAUAUGAUGAUGCUACGUUAUAUCGGAGUCUUGUCAGUACUUUCAAGUAUCUCACAUUUAAUUGUUAUGACAUUUCCUAUGUUAUCCAGCAUGUGUGUCCUAAUAUGCAUCCUUCCCGCACUAAGCAUAUACUUUCACUGAAACACAUCAUGCAUUACAUUCAAGGUACCUUAGAAUAUGGUUUACAUCUCUAUCUUUAUCCCAUCGAGAAACAUGUUUCCUACACAUGUGCUGAUUGGGGUGGAUGUCCCGACACUCGUCGAUUUACUUCGGGUUAUUGUGUUUUUCUAGGUGAUAACCUAAUUUCAUGGUCUUCCAAGAGGCAACCCAUACUUUCUCAUUCCAUUGGAGAGUCUGACUAUUGGUGCGUUGCUAAUGUGGUUUUAGAAUCAUGUUGGCUCCAUAACCUUCUCUUGGAGAUUCAUUUUCCUAUUUCCCGGGCUACUAUUGUGUAUUAUGACAAUGUUAAUGCUAUCUACCUAUAUGGAAAAUCCUAUUCAACUUCAGCGUACAAAACACGUUGA